UUCUGGGUAGGUUGUCCACGUUCCACGUUUGAGACCGGUAAAAGAGCAGCCGAACACGUUUUGCGUUGCCCUGCUAGAACAAUCUUUCUAGUUACCGCCUGGCAGAGCGGAGGUGAUUCAGUGAAAUCACACAUAUAUAUAUAUUUUUUAAUAAACCAUUUUUAACAAUUGCCUCCUGUUCUCUUCAGCUGACCAAAGAAAUGGUGAUGGAGAAACCAAGUGCCCAGCUCGUGGGGCGGGAGUUUGUCCGACAGUACUACACACUACUCAACCAGGCACCCGACUACCUGCACAGGUUUUAUGGGAAAAAUUCCUCCUAUGUACAUGGAGGUCUGGACAACAAUGGCAAACCAGUUGAAUCAGUCUAUGGACAGUCGGAGAUCCAUAAAAAAGUUUUGGCGCUGAACUUUCGUGACUGCCACACCAAGAUCAGACAUGUGGACGCCCAUGCGACCUUGAACGAGGGCGUCGUGGUGCAAGUGAUGGGGGAGCUGUCCAACGACAUGCAGCCCAUGCGCAAAUUCAUGCAGACAUUCGUGCUGGCCCCUGAGGGCACUGUAACAAACAAGUUCUACGUUCACAACGAUGUGUUCCGUUACCAAGACGAAGUGUUUGGGGAUUCUGACUCAGAACCCCCUGAAGAGUCUGAUGAGGAUGUGGAGGAGAUGGAGGAGAGAGUACCAUCACCUGAGGUGGCCCAGGAAGAGGCUGCAGCCUUCUACAAACAGACACCGUGCACCGAGGCCAAGAGACCAGAGGAAGAGGUGGCUUUAACCCCAGAGCCUGAGGCAGAACCUGAGGCGGAGGCGGAGCCAGAGGCGGAGCCAGAGGCAGAGCCAGACGUGGUGGAUGGAAAACGGGACCUGGAGCCAGAGACCCUGCAGCAGCAGGAACACGCCACAGAGGAGCAGGGAGAGCAGUGUCCAGUCUCCUCGCCCCUGCCCUCUGCCACUGCUGACCCUGCCCCCGCACCCGCUGAAGAUAACCGGCCUUUCUCCUGGGCGUCUGUCACCAGUAAGAACCUUCCCCCUAGCGGCGUUGUCCCCGUCUCUGGCAUCCCCCCUCACGUCGUCAAAGUUCCCUCAGCACCGCCCAGGGUGGAGGUGAAAACAGAAGCCGCAGCACAGAGAACACAACCGAGAGGAGACCAGAGACCACGGGAAGCAAGACCCGGCCCCCCACCAGUCAGAGGACCCCGACCUGGAGUGCGGGAAGGAGAGCAGGGAGAGUCGUCGGAGGUUGGCCGUGUGGUGCGGUAUCCAGAUGCUCACCAGCUCUUUGUAGGAAACGUUCCUCAUGAUGUGGACAAGGCAGAGCUCAAGGAGUUUUUCCAACAGUAUGGUACUGUGCUUGAGCUACGGAUCAACAGCGGAGGAAAGCUUCCUAACUUUGGGUUUGUGGUGUUUGACGAUUCGGAACCUGUACAGAAAAUCCUAAGCAACCGGCCCAUUAAGUUCAGAGGCGAUGUCCGACUGAACGUGGAGGAAAAGAAGACGCGCUCCGCCCGGGAAGGGGAUCGGCGAGACAUCCGCCCCAGAGGUCCAGGUGGCCCCGGAGGGCCCCGAGAGAGGAUAGGAGGGCCCAGGGGCCCCCCCACCAGGGGUGGCAUGGCACAGAAACCCAGCUUUGGCUCUGGACGAGGUACUGGACCCAGUGAAGGAGGUCGCUACAUGGGACCUCGUCAGUGAAUGUCACUCUGAAGUUGGUCUGAUGUCCUACCAUGCCAGUUACUACUACUACUACUGCUGAUGUCAGUUGCCCCGACUCUUUGAGUAUUAUAAAACAAAGAUGGCUUCUACAUCCCUCCCUCCCUUCGCGUUUUGUUUUGUUCAUUGGGAUUCUGGAAUGUGAUCCAUCUCUCCUUUUCUCCUGACUUUGACAUGAUCUGGGCUUUUCUCCUCAUCUUUUACAUCAUCCUGAACUUGAAUUUGUUUUGAAAGUUAAAAAAAAAAGAAUAAUUUAAAAAGGGUCUUAAACUAACUAGUUGAAUUGGAACAGCCCAGUUUGGUUUUGGCGUUCUCUCCCUGUUUCUUAAAGGAACGUGUAUGUACUGCUUGGGCAGUCCUGUGUAUUGCUACCAUUGUCUUUUCAGGUCAAAUGCAAGUAAUGGUUUUAUUUUAAAUUGUGAAGUUGAAUCAUGGUUGUAAAUGGUUAUUAUCGAGCAUGUAACAAAUCCGGUCUGCCUUUCACUACUGAUGCACUUCAUCAUGACAAAUCAGCUGAUGAGAGAACUGAAUAAACAUGUUUUACUGUUUUAAA